AUGCAGCUAUUGGUAGAUGGAGGCAGUGCUGUGAUGCUUCUUGCUCUAUUCAUGGCUUCUCUCUGCAAGGAGUACUACCAAUUCUUUCUUGCUCAAGGCUUUUUACUCGGUAUCGGCAUUGCAUCUAUUCUUCUUCCCGCCUUUACCAUAGCGGCUCAAUACUUCACCAAAUAUCGAGGCCUGGCACUUGGAAUUGUAGUAUCAGGAUCUCUUGGACUUUUCUUUGUUUACUUUGGCCUCUUCGCGUCUUUCUUCUACAUCGAGCCUUGGGCGUUGUCUCUUGGGUUGGAUGGUAAUUUUGCGUUCUAUACAAUUAGCAUUAUCAAUGCAGUAAGUCUAUUUGGUCGUAUCAUUCCGGGUCUAUUGGCGGACCGAUUUGGAUGUUACAACAUUGCCGCUAUUGCUGCGAUUUCCUCCGGCUUAGUCUGA